CCAUCCGCGAGCUCGCCAUGCUCAGCAUAUUAUCCUGCGGCGCGAGCGCCUACUUCGUCGGCGCGCCGCUGCCGCAGCAGACCGCCGCGGCCCAGCUCGGCUCGCGCAGCUGCGCGAUCGACAUGUCGAUCGUGAAGCUCGGCACGCGCGGCUCGCCGCUCGCGUUGGCGCAGGCGUACGAGACAAAGCGGCGGCUGGCCGAGGCCUUCCCGGACGAGCUGGGCGCGGACGAUGCGGUGGAGAUCAAGGUGAUCAAGACGACCGGCGACAUGGUGCUCGACAAGGCGCUGAAGGACGUGGGCGGCAAGGGGCUCUUCACAAAGGAGCUCGACGUCUCGCUGCUCAACGGCGACGUCGACUGCUGCGUGCACUCGAUGAAGGACGUGCCGACGUGGCUCGUGCCCGGGACGAUCCUGCCGUGCAACCUGCCGCGCGAGGACACGCGCGACGCCUGGAUCUCGCCGAGCGGUAAGCUGCCGCAGGAGCUGCCCGACGGCGCGGUGAUUGGGACGGCGUCGCUGCGGAGGCAGGCGCAGCUGUACGCAAUCAACCCGACGUUCAAGUGCGUCAAUUUCCGCGGGAACGUGCAGACGCGGCUCAAGAAGCUGGAGGAGGGCAUCGUCGACGCGACCAUGCUCGCCAAGGCGGGCCUCAACCGCAUGAACCUCGAGGAGCACAUCACUGCGGUGCUCGAGUGGGACACCUGCCUUCCGGCGGUGGCGCAGGGGGCGAUCGGGAUCCAGAUCCGGGAGAAGGACGAGAAGAUGUCGCGCUACAUCGGCGCCCUCAACCACGAGCCGACCAAGGUCGCCGUCGACUGCGAGCGCGCCUUCCUCGCCGCACUCGACGGCAACUGCCGCACGCCAAUCGCGGGCCAGGCAAAGAUUGUCGACGGCCAGCUCCGCUUCGAGGGCCUGAUCGCCAAGGUGGACGGCACCACGGUGCUGCGCACCUCGCGCACCGGGCCGCUCUCGGACGCUGCCAAGAUGGGGACCGAGGCGGGCGAGGAGCUGAAGGCGAAGGUUGGCGGAGACGCGCUCGCCUUCUUCGGCGAGGGAGAGGUGCUGCCCGAGCCCAAGUCGUCGGUCACCGGCGUCGAGACGGACGGGCUUGGCGGCUACGUCAAGGGCGAGUACGCGAUGGACGAGAGCGGCAAGGACCCGGGCUUUGCAAAGGCGCAAUAGGGCGGGCUGGUUUGGGCGGGGACACACUUGAGGUGCAGCCCCUCAGCGGCGGCGGACAGAGGGUGACGCUUGUGCGGUGCGCCCUCGCGGCGCGGGAGAAGUGAUGAACAAUCGGCGCGGGCGGAGAUAUUCGCGCAGCGGUGUACGGACUAUACGGUCGGCCCGUAGGGUCUCUCAACUUAAAAUCGUGCUUCGUGGUCGUAAAGCCGUAACGGACUAACGUGUACACCUAGAAUU